AAGUGUCGCAUCGCGCUCCUCAAUUUCUCUUAAAAACUAACGUUUUUCUUUUGUUAUUUUCAGAUAAAAAUGUCAAUUCAGCAAUAAAAAGUGGCCGUAGUUGUUAAUACAAAUGCAAAAAGUGGAAAUUCGGUAAUUAGUGGUCGACAAGUGAGUAAAAGUGCAAAAAGGUGUUUUCUAACCUACAAAAGAUGACGCAAAAUAUUUUCAAGAUGGCGUCGGUGCUUUAAAUCUUUUGGAGGGAAAACCGGUGCAAAAGUGUUUUGUUUAUCAAAUUUGUGUAUUUGAAUAUUUUCAAUAGGUUUGUGAAUGAAAAUUUUUCAAGUGAGUGAAAGUGCAAAUAUGUGUUUUUUAAUCAACGGGGAGGCAAAAUAUUUUCAAGAUGGCGUCGAUCCAUUGAAUUUUUUCGAAGGGAAAAUCAGAGGAAAAUAUUUCGUCAACAAAAUUUGCGUAUUUCAACAUUUCUAAUCGAUGUCCAGUGACACAUGGCUUCGAUGUCAUUCUGCCUUGAUGCCGUUGACUUUACUGUCUCUUCUCUUGCUUUUGGGAAUUCAUCUUCCGUUCGUUGUGGCUCAAUGCGGACCCUCAGCGCAAGAAAAGCAAGACAGACAAAAUAAGCUGGCCCUCUAUAAAGUCACCCUGAAGACAUACUGGUCGAGAGCACGAUUCCCCAGGCACUAUCCAGAUUGGAAACCUCCUGCUCAGUUCGGCAAACUUGUUGGUCGAACUCACGACGCCACCUACACCCUUUACCGUCUCGGCGAGAGGCUCUCCUCUGGAGUGAGGCAAUACGUUGAGACAGGAAGAACGGAUGGUCUUGAUACAGGGGGCGAAUUUCCAAACAUCUUACAAUCGUUCAUUGGCCCUUCAGUGCCACAGGGCGAAGGGACAAGUAUUGCGAGAGCAUUUCUUGAUGGCAAUCAUUCUCUCAUCAGCGUAGUGGCUCGUAUUAAUCCAAGUCCUGAUUGGUUCAUUGGGGUGGAUUCUUUCCAACUCUGCGUCGAAGGCAACUGGGUGGAUACAGUUACUGUUGAGCUUGACCCCUUGGAUGGCGGGACUGAUAAUGGCUUUACUUUCACGGCUGCCAAUUGGCCGACUCAACCCCAAGGGAUCGCCUACAGGAUCACGUCGAGAUAUCCUGCACAUCCUGCAGGAAGCUUUUUCUAUCCGAAUUUACCACGUCUGCCUCCAAUUGCCACACUUACAUUCACCAAGUUGAGAGAGUACACAUUGACGGAAACGUAUCACGAGGACGAAGUCGAGAUGGAAUUUGUGAGCAACGAGAAUCUACUGUCGAAUAACCCGACCCCAAGAGGAAUCGAUCCGAACAGAGACCUGAAUGAGGUCAUUGCUGAAGAACGAGGGGAAAUGGAUACCCAAAGAUACAGUUACUGGCCAUCGGAGAAUUCAAAAGAGAAAUUUUUAACGAGUGAACCCAGCGACAAGAAGGCGGCUAUCAUGAACAGUAUUGCCUCAUCGUAUGCUUUACAACGACCGAGGUUUACAGCGACAUCGACGCUAUCGCCGGUGAAAACGAAAGAAACGAAAAAGCUCGAUGAUAUCGGAAACUGGUCAUAUUAUCGACCAUAUCACAGUUCCUCAGACGCGCAGAAGGCGCAAAUAUUUGAGGAUAUUCAAAGGAAAAUCACCAGCAACGUCACAAGCGUUCCAGCCACCAAUCAUCCCUGGCGAAAUUCAACCAAUAUCAAAGACCAUCAGCAUAGAUUUAGGCCAAAGCAUCACAAAUACACGAAGGGAAAAUGGAUUCGAACACGAUUGCCGAGGGACUGCAAGGUCAGCGAAUGGGGUCCCUGGAGCGCUUGCAGUCGAACUUGUGGUGUUGGCGAAACCCAAAGGACAAGAAAAGUUGUCAUAAAACCGCGCCGAGGUGGAAUUCGUUGUCCGCCGCUUAAAGAAACCAAAUGGUGCAGUGGAAUAAAUCCAUGUCACGAGAGUAGCCAAUCUUUCGCCGAUACUCAUCGAUGGUAGUAUUUUCCCUCCCUCCCUCCCCCACCCCCCUCAAACUAUUAAUUUUUUUCAAUAAAAAAUCAAAAGAAGAAAAUAUAUUCAAAACAAGUCUCGAAAAAAAAUAAAUUUUUUUUUUUCAAACCUUUUAAAGGGAAAAAUUCCCGAAAAAACAAAUAUGUUUCUUUCCUUAAAGAAAAGGAACAAGAAAAAAUUAUUUUAGGAACAAAAAAAGAAGUUUGUUUCGAAAAAGAAUCCAAUGUUUGACUUUAGAAAAGAAUUUGCGAAAGAAUUCUUUAAAUUGCAAAUUGUACUAAAACUUUUCCCAAAAUUCAAAAUUGGAAAAUGAAAAAAAAGAUUUUUCACAAAUUUUUUUUCAAAAUUUAUUCCUUAAAGCCAAAGACUUAAAAAUAGAUAAUAAAAAAACACUCGACAUCUUUUCGAAAAAGCAAAAAAUAGUCAUCACAAAAUAUGCCAAAGAGAAAUUAAGAUUUAUAGAAAAUCAUCUAUUUAUCACAGUUUUUCCAAAAAUAUCAAAAUUGGGACAAAAUUGAGACAAAAAAAUUAAGACAAAAAUAAAGACAAAAUUGAGACAAAAAAAUUAAGACGAAAAUUGAGACAAAAUUGUGACAAAAAAAUU